GUUAUCAGGAAGAUCCAAAGGGAAUGUUUCCGGGCGUUGUGCACUCCCAGAAAAAGCCAAAGCCUGUGAGACUCAGCAGAUGCCAGAUGAAAACUUCAGUAGCCACUCAGACCUUAUAACCCGCGACAGAAUCCACUUGGAAGGGAGACGCUACACAUGCCAUGAGUGCGGGAAAAGCUUCAAUCGGAGCUCAGUCCUUAUCAGACAUCAGACAAUCCACACAGGAGAGAAGCCCUACACGUGCUCCGAGUGCGGGAAAAGCUUUGGUCGUCACUCAACCCUUAUCACACAUCAGAGAAUCCACACAGGGGAGAUGCUCUACCUGUGCUCUGAGUGCGGGAAAUGUUUUAAUCACAGCUCUAUCCUGAGCGUACACAGGAGAAUCCACACGGGUGAGAAACCUUAUGGAUGCUCUGAGUGCGGGAAAAGCUUCCGUCAGCGUUCACAGCUUCUCAGACAUCAGAGACUUCACACGGGGGAGACGCCCUACACAUGCGCUGAGUGCGGGAAAAGCUUCAAGCAGCGCUCACACCUUAUCAGACAUCAGAGAAUUCACACGGGUGAGAAGCCCUACAAGUGCGCCGAGUGCGGGAACCGCUUUGGUUGGCAUGCAAACCUUAUCUCGCAUCAGAGAAUCCACACGGGGGAGACGCCCUACACGUGCUCUGAGUGCAGGAAAAGCUUCAAUCAGCGCUCAAACCUUAUCGCACAUCAGAGAAUCCACACGGGCGAGAAACCUUAUGGAUGCUCUGACUGUGGGGAAAACUACAGUAGCCACUCAGACCUUAUAACCCGCGACAGAAUCCACUUGAAAGGGAGACGCUACACAUGCCAUGAGUGUGGGAAAAGCUUCAAUCGGAGCUCAGACCUUCUCGUACAUCGUAGAAUCCACACAGGAGAGAUGCCCUACACAUGCUCUGAGUGCGGGAAAAGCUUUAAUCACAAUUUUACCCUGACCAGACAUAGGAGAAUCCACACGGGUGAGAAACCUUAUGGAUGCUCUGAGUGCGGGAAAAGCUUCAGUUGGCGUUCAAACCUUAUCACGCAUCGUAGAACCCACACGGGGGAGAAGCCCUACACAUGCGCUGAGUGCGGGAAAAGCUUUAAUGAAAGCUCUACCCUGAGCAAACAUCACAGAGUCCACACGGGUGAGAAACCUUAUGGAUGCGCUGAGUGCGGGAAGAGCUUUAGUCAAAGUUCAGACCUUAUCAAACAUCAGAGACUCCACACAGGGGAGACGCCCUACACAUGCCCUGAGUGCGGGAAAAGCUGUAAUCACAGCUCUGCCCUGCGCAAACAUCGGAGAGUCCACACGGGUGAGAAACCUUAUGGAUGCGCUGAGUGCGGGAAAAGCUUCAGAGAGCGUUCAGACCUUAUCAGACAUCAGAGACUUCACACAAGACAGACGCCCUACACAUGCGCUGAGUGCGGGAAACGCUUCAAUAAGUGCUCACACCUUAUCAGACAUCAGAGAAUCCACACAGGAGAAACGCCCUACACGUGCUCUGAGUGCGGGAAAAGCUUUAAGCACAGCUCUGCCCUGAGCAGACAUCAGACAAUCCACACAGGGGAGAAGCCCUACACGUGCUCUGAGUGCGGGAAAAUCUUUGGUCAUCACUCAACCCUUAUCACACAUCAGAGAAUCCACACAGGGGAGACGCCCUACAUGUGCUCUGAGUGUGGGAAAAGCUUUAAGCACAGCUCUACCCUGAGGAAACAUCAGAGAAUCCACACGGGUGAGAAACCUUAUGGAUGUGCUGAGUGCGGGAAAAGCUUCCGUCAGCGUUCAUACCUUAUCACGCAUCAGAGACUCCACACAGGGGAGACGCCGUACAUGUGCUCUGAGUGCGGGAAAAUCUUCAGUCGGUGUUCACACCUUAUCACACAUCAGAGACUCCACACAGGAGAGAAGCCCUACACGUGCUCUGAGUGCGGGAAAAGCUUUAAUCAGAGCUCUACCCUGAGCAGACAUAGGAGAAUCCACACGGGUGAGAAACCUUAUGGAUGUUCUGAGUGCGGGAAAAGCUUCAAAAAGAGCUCACACCUUAUUAGACAUCGCAAAAUCCACGUUAGAGAACUACGCUACACAUGCCAUGAGUGCGGGAAAAGCUUCAGUCAGCGUUCAAACCUUAUCUCACAUCAGAGAAUCCACACAGGACAGAAGCCCUACACAUGCUCUGAGUGCGGGAAAAGCUUUAAUCAGAGCUCUGCCCUGAGCGCACAUAGGAGAAUCCACACGGGUGAGAAACCUUAUGGAUGCUCUGAGUGCGGGAAAAGAUUCAGUCAGCGUUCAAACCUUAUCACACAUCGUAGAACCCACACAGGAGAGACGCCCUACACAUGCUCUGAGUGCGGGAAAAGCUUUAAGGACAGCUCUGCCCUGAGCGCACAUAGGAGAAUCCACACGGGUGAGAAACCUUAUGGAUGCUCUGAGUGCGGGAAAAGAUUCAGUCAGUGCUCACACCUUAUCACACAUCGUAGAACCCACACAGGAGAGAUGCCCUACACAUGCGUUGAGUGUGGGAAAAGCUUUAAGCAGAGCUUUGACCUGAGCAGACAUCAGGGAAUCCACACGGGAGUGAAGCCCUACACGUGCUCUGAGUGCGGGAAAAGCUUUAAUCAGAGCUCUGGCCUGAGCGCACAUCGGAGAAUCCACACGGGUGAGAAACCUUAUGGAUGCUCUGAGUGCGGGAAAAGCUUUAGUCACCGUUCAAACCUUAUCUCACAUCAGAGAAUCCACACAAGAGAGACGCCCUACACAUGCUCUGAGUGCGGGAAAAGCUUUAAGGACAGCUCUGCCCUGAGCACACAUAGGAGAAUCCACACGGGUGAGAAAACUUAUGGAUGCGCUGAGUGUGGGAAAAGCUUCAGUCAGCGUUCAAACCUUAUCACACAUCUUAGAAUCCACACAGGAGAGACGCCCUACACAUGCUCUCAGUGCGGGAAAAGCUUUAAGGACAGCUCUGCCCUGAGCGCACAUAGGAGAAUCCACACGGGUGAGAAACCUUAUGGAUGCUCUGAGUGCGGGAAAAGCUUCAGUCAGCGUUCACACCUUAUCGCACAUCGUAGAACCCACACAGGAGAGACGCCCUACACAUGCUCUGAGUGUGGGAAAAGCUUUAAGCAGAGCUUUGACCUGAGCAGACAUCAGGGAAUCCACACGGGUCAGAAACCUUAUGGAUGCGCUGAGUGCGGGAAAAGCUUCAGUCGGCGCUCACACCUUAUCACACAUCGUAGAAUCCACACAGGAGAGACGCCCUACACAUGCUCUGAGUGCGGGAAAAGCUUUAAGGACAGCUCUGCCCUGAGCACACAUAGGAGAAUCCACACGGGUGAGAAACCUUAUGGAUGCGCUGAGUGCGGGAAAAGCUUUAACAAUAGCUCACACCUUAUCAUACAUCGUAGAAUCCACACAGGAGAGACGCCCUACACGUGCUCUGAGUGCGGGAAAAGCUUCAGUCGGCGCUCACACCUUAUCUCACAUCGUAGAAUCCACACAGGAGAGACGCCCUACACAUGCUCUGAGUGUGGGAAAAGCUUUAAGCGCAGCUCUGACCUGAGUGCACAUGGGAGAAUCCACACGGGUGAGAAACCUUAUGGAUGCGCUGAGUGCGGGAAAAGCUUUAGUCAGCGUUCAGACCUUAUCGGACAUCAGAGAAUCCACACAGAAGAGACGCCCUACACGUGCUCUGGGUGCGGGAAAAGCUUUAAUCACAGCUCUGCCCUGAGCAGACAUCAGGGAAUCCACACGGGUGAGAAACCUUAUGGAUGCGCUGAGUGCGGGAAAAGCUUCAGUCGGCGUUCAAACCGUAUCUCACAUCAGAGAAUCCACACAGGAGUGAAGCCCUACACGUGCUCUGAGUGCGGGAAAAGCUUUAAGCACUGCUCUGCCCUGAGCAGACAUCGGAAAAUCCACACGGGUGAGAAACCUUAUGGAUGCUCUGAGUGCGGAAAAAGCUUUAAGCAGAGCUCUGCCCUGAGCGCACAUUGGAGAAUCCACACGGGUGAGAAACCUUAUGGAUGCUCUGAGUGCGGGAAAAGCUUUAGUCAGCGUUCAAACCUUAUCAAACAUCGUAGAAUCCACACAGGAGAGACGCCCUACUCAUGCUCUGAGUGCGGGAAAAGCUUUAGUCACCGUUCAGACCUUAUCUCACAUCAGAGACGCCACACAGGAGAGACACCCUACACGUGCGCUGAGUGCGGGAAAAGCUUUAGUCAGCGUUCAAACCUUAUCAGACAUCAGAGACUCCACACUGGGGAGAAACGCUACACAUGCCAUGAGUGUGGGAAAAGCUUCAAUCGGAGCUCAGACCUUCUCGUACAUCGUAGAAUCCACACAGGAGAGAUGCCCUACACAUGCUCUGAGUGCGGGAAAAGCUUUAAUCACAAUUUUACCCUGACCAGACAUCGGAGAAUCCACACGGGUGAGAAACCUUAUGGAUGCUCUGAGUGCGGGAAAAGCUUCAGUUGGCGUUCAAACCUUAUCACGCAUCGUAGAACCCACACGGGGGAGAAGCCCUACACAUGCGCUGAGUGCGGGAAAAGCUUCAGUCAACGCUCAAGCUUUAUCACACAUCAGAGAAUCCACACGGGGGAAAAGCCCUACACUUGCUUUGAGUGCGGGAAAUGCUUUAAUGAAAGCUCUACCCUGAGCAAACAUCACAGAGUCCACACGGGUGAGAAACCUUAUGGAUGCGCUGAGUGCGGGAAGAGCUUUAGUCAAAGUUCAGACCUUAUCAAACAUCAGAGACUCCACACAGGGGAGACGCCCUACACAUGCCCUGAGUGUGGGAAAAGCUGUAAUCACAGCUCUGCCCUGCGCAAACAUCGGAGAGUCCACACGGGUGAGAAACCUUAUGGAUGCGCUGAGUGCGGGAAAAGCUUCAGAGAGCGUUCAGACCUUAUCAGACAUCAGAGACUUCACACAAGAGAGACGCCCUACACAUGCGCUGAGUGCGGGAAAAGCUUUAAGCACAGCUCUGCCCUGAGCAGACAUCAGACAAUCCACACAGGGGAGAAGCCCUACACGUGCUCUGAGUGCGGGAAAAUCUUUGGUCAUCACUCAACCCUUAUCACACAUCAGAGAAUCCACACAGGGGAGACGCCCUACAUGUGCUCUGAGUGCGGGAAACGCUUUAAUGACAGCUCUACUCUGACCAGACAUCGAAGAAUCCACACGGGUGAGAAACCUUAUGGAUGCUCUGAGUGCGGGAAAAGCUUCAGAGAGCGUUCACACCUUAUCAGACACCAGAGACUUCACACAGGAGAGACGCCCUACACAUGCGCUGAGUGUGGGAAAAGCUUUAAUCACAGCUCUACCCUGAGGAAACAUCAGAGAAUCCACACGGGUGAGAAACCUUAUGGAUGCGCUGAGUGCGGGAAAAGCUUCAGUCAGCGUUCAUACCUUAUCUCACAUCAGCGAAUCCACACAGGAGAGAAGCCCUACACGUGCUCUGAGUGCGGGAAAAUCUUCAGUCGGCGUUCACACCUUAUCACACAUCAGAGACUCCACACAGGAGAGAAGCCCUACACGUGCGCUGAGUGCGGGAAAAGCUUUAAUCAGCGUUCACAGCUUAUUUCACAUCAGAGAAUCCACACAGGAGAGACGCCCUACACAUGCUCUGAGUGCGGGAAAAGCUUUAAUCACAGCUCUACCCUGAGCAGACAUAGGAGAAUCCACACGGGUGAGAAACCUUAUGGAUGUUCUGAGUGUGGGAAAAGCUUCAAAAAGAGCUCACACCUUAUUAGACAUCGCAAAAUCCACGUUGGAGAACUACGCUACACAUGCCAUGAGUGCGGGAAAAGCUUCAGUCGGCAUUCACACCUUAUCAUACAUCAUAGAAUCCACACAGGAGAGACGCCCUACACAUGCUCUGAGUGCGGGAAAAGCUUUAAGGACAGCUCUGCCCUGAGCGCACAUAGGAGAAUCCACACGGCUGAGAAACCUUAUGGAUGCUCUGAGUGCGGAAAAAGCUUUAAGCACAGCUCUGCCCUGAGCAGACACAGGAGAAUCCACACGGGUGAGAAACUUUAUGGAUGCGCUGAGUGCGGGAAAAGCUUUAGUCAGCGUUCAAGCCUUAUCUCACAUCAGAGAAUCCACACAGGAGUGAAGCCCUACACAUGCUCUGAGUGCGGGAAAAGCUUUAAACAGAGCUCUACCCUGAGCGCACAUAGGAGAAUCCACACGGGUGAGAAACCUUAUGGAUGCUCUGAGUGCGGAAAAAGCUUUAAGCUCAGCUCUGCCCUGAGCAGACAUCAUGGAAUCCACACGGGUGAGAAACCUUAUGGAUGCUCUGAGUGCGGGAAAAGCUUCAGUCAGCGUUCAAGCCUUAUCACACAUCAGAGAAUCCACACAGGAGAGACGCCCUACACGUGCUCUGAGUGCGGGAAACGCUUUAAUCACAGCUCUGCCCUGAGCACACAUAGGAGAAUCCACACGGGUGAGAAACGUUAUGGAUGUUCUGAGUGCGGGAAAAGCUUCAAAAAGAGCUCACACCUCAUUAGACAUCGCAAAAUCCACUUGGAAGAGACAUGCUACACAUGCCAGGAGUGCGGGAAAAGCUUCAAAGUGAAUUUGGACCUUUUCACACAUCAGAGAAUCCACAGAGAAGAGAGACCUUACACCUGCUCUGAGUGCGGGAAAAGCUUCACUCAGAGCUCUGCCCUGAUCACACAUUGGAGAAUCCACACAGGGGAGACGCCCUACACGUGCUCUGAGUGCGGGAAAAGCUUCAAUCAGAGCUCACACCUUAUCACACACAGGAGAAUUCACACGGGAGAGACGCCCUACGGAUGUUCGGAGUGCGGGAAAAGCUUCAGUCAGAGCUCUGCCCUUAUCACACAUCAGAGAAUCCACACGGGGGAGACGCCCUACACGUGCUCCGAGUGUGGGAAAAGCUUCAAUCGUAGCUCAGCCCUUAUCAGACAUCGGAGAAUCCAUACAGGAGAAACACCCUACACCUGCCCUGAGUGCGGGAAAAGCUUUGGUCAUAGCUCUGCCCUGAUCACACAUCAGAGAACCCACACUGGAGAGACGCCCUAUGUGUGUGCCGAGUGCGGGAAAAGCUUCAGUCAGAGUGCUAACCUUAUUAGGCAUCGGCGAAUCCACACGGGAGAGACUCCCUACACGUGCCCGGAGUGCGGGAAACGCUUCAAUCAGCGCUCAGCCCUUACCACGCAUCAGAGAAUCCACACUGGAGAGACCCCCUACAUGUGCCCUGAGUGUGGGAAACGCUUCAGUUAUAGCUCAGCCCUCAUCACGCAUCAGAGAAUCCACACGGGGGAGACGCCCUACACGUGCCCCGAGUGCGGGAAAAGCUUCAAUCGGAGCUCAAACCUUAUCACACAUCAGAGAAUCCACACUGGCAUGUCAUCCUACAGAUGUUCUGAGUGCGGGAAAAGCUUCAGCCACAGCUCAGCCCUUAUUCGACACCGGAGAAUCCACACGGGGGAGAUGCCCUAUACGUGCUCUGAGUGCGGGAAAAGCUUCAAUCAGAGCUCAAACCUUAUCACACAUUGGCGAAUCCACACCGGAGAGACACCUUAUAUGUGCUCGGAGUGCGGGAAAAGCUUCAGUCACAGCUCAGCCCUGGUCACACAUCAGCGAAUCCACACGGGGGAGACGCCCUACACGUGCUCUGAGUGCGGGAAAAGCUUCACGUCACGCUCAUACCUUCUCGUACAUCGUAGAAUCCACACAGGAGAGAUGCCCUACACGUGCUCUCAGUGCGGGAAAAGCUUUAAGCACACCUCUACCCUGAGCGCACAUCGGAGAAUCCACACGGGUGAGAAACCUUAUGGAUGUGCUGAGUGCGGGAAAAGCUAUAGUCAGCGUUCAAGCCUUAUCAGACAUCAGACACUCCAUACCGGGGAGAAGCCCUACACGUGCUCCGAGUGCAGGAAAAGCUUUAGUCAGAGCUCUGACCUGAGCGCACAUCGGAGAAUCCACACGGGUGAGAAACCUUAUGGAUGCUCUGAGUGCGGGAAAAGAUUUAGUCAGCGUUCAAACCUUAUCAUACAUCAGAGAAUCCACACAGGAGUGAAGCCCUACACGUGCUCUGAGUGCGGGAAAAGCUUUAAGCACAGCUCUGCCCUGAGCACACAUCGGAGAAUCCACACGGGUGAGAAAACUUAUGGAUGCCAUGAGUGUGGAAAAAUCUUCCAUUGGAGCUCACACCUUAUCAUACAUCGUAGAAUCCACACAGGAGAGACGCCCUACACAUGCUCUGAGUGCGGGAAAAGCUUUAAGGACAGCUCUACCCUGAGUGCACAUAGGAGAAUCCACACGGGUGAGAAACCUUAUGGAUGCGCUGAGUGCGGGAAAAGCUUUAGUCACCGUUCAAACCUUAUCUCACAUCAGAGAAUCCACACAGGAGAGAAGCCCUACACAUGCUCUGAGUGCGGGAAAAGCUUUAAGGACAGCUCUGCCCUGAGCGCACAUAGGAGAAUCCACAUGGGUGAGAAACCUUAUGGAUGCUCUGAGUGCGGGAAAAGCUUCAGUCAGCGUUCACACCUUAUCACACAUCGUAGAACCCACACAGGAGAGAUGCCCUACACAUGCUCUGAGUGUGGGAAAAGCUUUAAUCACAGCUCUGUCCUGAGCAGACAUCAGGGAAUCCACACGGGUGAGAAACCUUAUGGAUGCUCUGAGUGCGGGAAAAGCUUCAGUCAGCGUUCACACCUUAUCACACAUCGUAGAACCCACACAGGAGAGAUGCCCUACACAUGCUCUGAGUGUGGGAAAAGCUUUAAUCACAGCUCUGACCUGAGCAGACAUCAGGGAAUCCACACAGGUGAGAAACCUUAUGGAUGCUCUGAGUGUGGGAAAAGCUUCAGUCAGUGUUCAAACCUUAUCAUACAUAAGAGAAUCCACACAGGAGUGAAGCCCUACACAUGCUCUGAGUGCGGGAAAAGCUUUAAGCAGAGCUCUGCCCUGAGCAGACAUAGGAGAAUCCACACGGGUGAGAAACCUUAUGGAUGGAGACGCCACACAUGCCAUGAGUGUGGAAAAAUCUUCCCUUGGAGCUCACACCUUAUCAUACAUCGUAGAAUCCACACAGGAGAGACGCCCUACACAUGCUCUGAGUGCGGGAAAAGCUUUAAGCACAGCUCUGCCCUGAGCAGACAUCAGGGAAUCCACACGGGUGAGAAACCUUAUGGAUGCUCUGAGUGCGGGAAAAGCUUCAGUCGGCGUUCAAACCUUAUCACACAUCAGAGAAUCCACACAGGAGAGAUGCCCUACACGUGCUCUGAGUGCGGGAAAAGCUUUAAGGACAACUCUGCCCUAAGCGCACAUAGGAGAAUCCACACGGGUGAGAAACCUUAUGGAUGCGCUGAGUGCGGGAAAAGCUUCAGUAAGCGUUCAAACCUUAUCACACAUCGUAGAACCCACACAGGAGAGAUGCCCUACACAUGCUCUGAGUGUGGGAAAAGCUUUAAUCACAGCUCUGCCCUGAGCACACAUCAGGGAAUCCACACGGGAGAGAUGCCCUACACAUGCUCUGAGUGUGGGAAAAGCUUUAAGCAGAGCUCUGACCUGAGCAGACAUCAGGGAAUCCACACAGGUGAGAAACCUUAUGGAUGCUCUGAGUGCGGGAAAAGCUUCAGUCGGCGCUCACACCUUAUCACACAUCUUAGAAUCCACACAGGAGAGACGCCCUACACAUGCUCUCAGUGCGGGAAAAGCUUUAAGGACAGCUCUGCCCUGAGCGCACAUAGGAGAAUCCACACGGGUGAGAAACCUUAUGGAUGCUCUCAGUGCGGGAAAAGCUUUAGUCACAGCUCUGCCCUGAGCGCACAUAGGAGACUCCACACGGGUGAGAAACCUUAUGGAUGCGCUGAGUGCGGGAAAAGCUUCAGUCGGCGUUCAAACCUUAUCACACAUCAGAGAAUCCACACAGGAGUGAAGCCCUACACGUGCUCUGAGUGCGGGAAAAGCUUUAAGCGCAGCUCUGCCCUGAGCGCACAUAGGAGAAUCCACACAGGAGUGAAGCCCUACACAUGCUCUGAGUGCGGGAAAAGCUUUAGUCAGCGUUCAAACCUUAUCACACAUCAGAGAAUCCACACAGGUGAGAAACCUUAUGGAUGCUCUGAGUGCGGGAAAAGCUUUAAGGACAGCUCUGCCCUGAGUGCACAUAGGAGAAUCCACACGGGUGAGAAACCUUAUGGAUGCGCUGAGUGCGGGAAAAGCUUUAGUCAGCGUUCAGACCUUAUCGGACAUCAGAGAAUCCACACAGAAGAGACGCCCUACACGUGCUCUGGGUGCGGGAAAAGCUUUAAUCACAGCUCUGCCCUGAGCAGACAUCAGGGAAUCCACACGGGUGAGAAACCUUAUGGAUGCGCUGAGUGCGGGAAAAGCUUCAGUCGGCGUUCAAACCUUAUCUCACAUCAGAGAAUCCACACAGGAGUGAAGCCCUACAUGUGCUCUGAGUGCGGGAAAAGCUUUAAGCAGAGCUCUGCCCUGAGCGCACAUUGGAGAAUCCACACGGGUGAGAAACCUUAUGGAUGCUCUGAGUGUGGAAAAAGCUUUAAGCAGAGCUCCGCCCUGAGCGGACAUUGGAAAAUCCACACGGGUGAGAAACCUUAUGGAUGCGCUGAGUGCGGGAAAAGCUUUAGUCAGCGUUCAAACCUUAUCAAACAUCAGAGAAUCCACACAGGGGAGACGCCCUACACGUGCUCUGAGUGCGGGAAAAACUUUAAGCACUGCUCUGCCCUGAGCAGACAUCGGAAAAUCCACACGGGUGAGAAACCUUAUGGAUGCUCUGAGUGCGGAAAAAGCUUUAAGCAGAGCUCUGCCCUGAGCGCACAUUGGAGAAUCCACACGGGUGAGAAACCUUAUGGAUGCUCUGAGUGCGGGAAAAGCUUUAGUCAGCGUUCAAACCUUAUCAAACAUCGUAGAAUCCACACAGGAGAGACGCCCUACUCAUGCUCUGAGUGCGGGAAAAGCUUUAGUCACCGUUCAGACCUUAUCUCACAUCAGAGACGCCACACAGGAGAGACGCCCUACACGUGCGCUGAGUGCGGGAAAAGCUUUAGUCAGCGUUCAAACCUUAUCAGACAUCAGAGACUCCACACUGGGGAGAAACGCUACACAUGCCAUGAGUGCGGGAAAAGCUUCAGUGGGACCUCUGCCCUUAUCAGACAUCACAGAACCCACACUGGAGAGAAGCCCUACACGUGCUCCGAGUGCGGGAAAAGCUUCGGUCAGCACUCAACCCUUAUCACGCAUCAGAGAAUCCACACAGGAGAGACGCCCUACAUGUGCUCGGAGUGCGGGAAAAGCUUCAGUGAUCAUUCAGCCCUUACCACACAUGAGAGAGUCCACACAGGAGAGACGCCCUACACGUGCCCUGAGUGUGGGAAAAGCUUCAUUGAUAGUUCAAGCCUCAUCUCACAUCAGCGAAUCCACACAGGAGAGACGCCCUACACAUGCUCUGAGUGCGGGAAAAGCUUUAAUCACAGCUCUACCCUGAGCAAACAUGGAAGAAUCCACACGGGUGAGAAACCUUAUGGAUGUUCUGAGUGCGGGAAAAGCUUUAGUCAGCGUUCAGACCUUAUCACGCAUCAGAGAACCCACACAGGGGAGAAGCCCUACACGUGUUCUGAGUGUGGGAAACGCUUUGGUCAGCACUCAACCCUUAUCGCACAUAAGAGAAUCCACACAGGGGAGACGCCCUACACGUGCUCUGAGUGCGGGAAACACUUCAGUCAGCACUCAACCCUUAUCACGCAUCAGAGAAUCCACACAGGAGAGAAGCCCUACAUGUGCUCUGAGUGCGGGAAACGCUUUAAUCACUGCUCUACCCUGAGCACACAUAGGAGAAUCCACAUGGGUGAGAAACCUUAUGGAUGCGCUGAGUGCGAGAAAAGCCUCAAAAAUAGCUCACACCUUAUUAGACAUCGGAAAAUCCACACGAGAGACCUGUAACACAUGCCUUGAUUAGGGCUGGCCAAAGAUUUUUUUUUUUUUUUUUUUUUUU